UUAGUUUCUAUAACAUUUGUCUCUUUAGUGAUAGUUGAACGUGCUCCGUGUAGUUCUACUAGCCAAAAUUAUAUAAAUUUUAAAAAAAUAAUCUUAUAAAGGAAGAAAUUGAUGUAUGUACCUUAACGGUCAGAGGUACUUUUAAAAAUUAGAUUAGACAAUUUAACAGAAUUAAAAAAGAAGUUAAUAAUCUUCUCUUUUGUUACUGAUACUAAAUAUUAUUUGACAAAAGGAUAUUUUCGUGUACCUACUAUUUAGUAUAACUAAAAGGACCGUUAUGUAUCCAUGAAACUUGUUGACUGCCAUGAGUAAUGAUCCUUUGGGACGAAGACGUACAAGCAUAAUGAACAGCACAGUACCAAAAAAGCGAACAAACAUGAGAGUUAAAGCAUUCCCAUCCCGCACUGAUGAGAAAUAUGUUGACAACACUUGGGCAAUGCUUAAAAAUGCUAUACAGGAAAUACAUAAAAAGAACAACUCUUGUUUGAGCUUUGAAGAAUUAUAUCGAAAUGCAUACACAAUGAUUUUAUUAAAACAUGGUGAAAGAUUGUAUAAUGGCAUGAGAGAAACAGUAGCUACACACUUAGAAUCUAAAGUCCGUGAAGAUGUAUUAAAUUCUCUGAAUAAUAACUUCCUUCAGACCCUUGAUGAAUGUUGGAGAGACCAUCAAACGUCAAUGGUAAUGAUAAGAGAUAUUCUUAUGUACAUGGAUAAAGUAUAUGUCAAAAAUAAUGAGGUGGAUAGUGUCUACAACCUUGGUCUGGUUUUAUUUCGUGAUAUUAUAGUACGGCAUGAUCGUAUUAGAGAUCACUUACGUGAAACAUUGUUAAGUAUGGUGAUGCGUGAAAGAAAUGGUGAAGUUAUUGAUAGAAUUGCAUUAAAAAAUGCUUGUCAAAUGCUUAUGGUAUUAGGAAUUCAAAAUCGUUCUGUUUAUCAAGAAGAUUUUGAACGUCCAUUUCUUGCACAGUCUAGUGAGUUUUACAAUGUUGAAAGUCAAUUGCUUUUGGCUGAAAAUAGUGCUUCCAUUUAUAUUAAAAAAGCUGAAGCUCGCAUUAAUGAAGAAGCAGAACGAGCUAAAAAUUAUCUUGAUGUAUCAACUGAAAGCCACAUUAUAAAAGUGGUUGAAGAACAACUCAUUCAAAAACAUAUGAAAACAAUAGUAGAAAUGGAAAAUUCUGGUUUUGUAUUUAUGCUUAGAAAUCAAAGAACUCAAGAUUUAGCUUGUAUGUAUAAGCUUUUAAGUAAUUUGUCUGAUGGCCUUAAAACAAUGUCAGAUUGUUUAAGUAAAUAUUUAAGAGAAGAAGGAGGAUCAUUAGUUAAAGAAGAUGAAACUGAUUUAAAUCCUGUUACUUAUGUACAGAGUUUAUUAGAUCUUAAAGACCGAUUAGAUUAUUUUCUGUACAAUUCGUUUUCUGGUGAUAAAAUGUUUAAACAAACUAUUUCUUCUGAUUUUGAACAUUUUUUAAAUUUAAACCCAAAAUCUCCCGAGUAUAUGUCCUUAUUUAUCGAUGAUAAACUAAAAAAAGGAGUUAGAGGUAUGGAUGAAAAUGACUUAGAACCUGUACUUGAUAAAGCUAUGGUUUUGUUUCGAUUUCUCCAAGAUAAAGAUGUUUUUGAAACAUAUUAUAAACAACAUCUGGCUAAAAGAUUACUUUUAAACAAAUCUGUUAGUGAUGACAAUGAAAAAAAUAUGAUCUCCAAAUUAAAAACUGAAUGCGGAUGUCAAUUUACUUCUAAACUAGAAGGUAUGUUCAAAGAUAUGUCUUUGUCAAAUACUGUGAUGGAUUCUUUCAAACAAUAUUUAAGUGGUAUACCGAAUUCUAAUUGUAAUAAUAUUGAUUUAUCUGUUCGGGUUUUAACUACAGGAUUUUGGCCCUUACCAACAACUACCCCAAAAUGCAAUGUACCUAGUGUAGCACGUUUAGCAUAUGAUGAGUUUCGAACUUUUUAUUUAAGUAAGCACAAUGGCCGUCAACUAAGACUUCAACCUCAAUUGGGUUCAGCUGAUAUAACAGCUAUUUUCAAUGAAACUCGCCGUGAUAAUAGUGCAACAUCUGUGAUUAGUUCUAGUGCUAGUGGUAACACUAUUGUUUCUACAUCAUCAAAUUCUGGAACUAGUGUCAAUACAAUUGGGUUAUUAGCUGUUCGCAAACAUCUUUUCCAAGUAUCAACUUAUCAAAUGGCAAUAUUAAUGUUAUUUAAUACAUAUGAAAAAAUUACAAUGGAAACAAUUAUGAAUGAGACAGAUAUAAAUGAAAAAGAUCUCACAAGAGCUUUACAAUCAUUAGCUAUGGGUAAGCCAUCUCAAAGAGUACUGUUAAAAAAUCCAAAAACUAAAGAAAUUGGACUUAACCAUGAGUUCUCAAUCAAUGAAUCAUAUACUUCAAAAUUAUAUCGUGUUAAAAUUCAGUCUAUCACAACUAAAGGGGAAAAUGAGCCAGAACGUCGAAAAACAAAGGAUAAAGUUGAAGAAGAUAGGAAACAUGAAGUUGAGGCAGCAUUAGUUCGAAUUAUGAAAGCUCGUAAAAAAUUAACUCAUAAUAUACUUAUAAUGGAAGUAACUGAACAAUUAAGGUCAAGAUUUAUGCCUUCACCUGUUCUCAUUAAAAAACGAAUAGAAUGUUUGAUUGAGAGAGAGUAUCUGGCUAGAACUCCAGAAGAUCGAAAUACUUAUAAUUAUGUUGCAUAAAUAUUGACUAUUUAUCAACUUAGAUAUUAAAUAAAUACCAGUUUAGCUGCUGAAUUGAAUAAAAUAAGUUUUAUACAAGAGCUCCAGAUUGAAUCAUUUUAAAUGAUGAAUACCAAACAACAAAAUAAAAUAUUGAUCCAUGUAAACAUUAUUUUGUUCAAUUAUAUUCUUAAAAUGGAGUGAACCAAAAAUUUAAUUAAUAUUAUAAACAUAUUGUACAUACAUCAUAUAACUUAGGUGUUUUAUAUGAAAAAAUACUUUAUAAGUGUAAAUGUAUACUCAAACUAAUUAAUAAAAAUCUAAUAAAUUAUAA